UAAGUGGAGAAAUCAUCGAUUGUCCUUUGUUUCGCCUAACCCAGUUUCCCCUAAUAAAUCUCACCAUCGUUCACCAUCCCAAUCUCUCAAUUAGAGAGAAAGCGAAUCAACCCUAAAUCGAAUCCUUGGGAGACGAACAUACAACUCCUAACAAUUUCCAAUUUGUUUUAGGACAACUGCGGAUUAACGAGUAGUGAUUUAAGUUAUUUAUGCCGAAUUUGGUGUCGUCCCUCAAGGAUUUUCUCUUUUUGAAACUGUUUACUUCGUUGGUGGUUGCAUUUGCUCAGCAAUUUAACAAGUGAUCUUUGUCGUAAAGUUAAAAAAAGUUCAGGCGAUCAAAUAAAUAGUAAGAAAGUAGAAUUUUCAACAGGCUGCUCAUAAGAUUGCUCUCCUGCGCUUACACAGUGCUUACAAGAUGGCUGGUGUAAAGCGAAAAUUAAGUACCGAGUCAGAUGUUCAUGCUCUUCACAAAGAACUGGAUGAGGUUUCAUGUCCUGUUUGUAUGGAUCACCCACAUAAUGCUGUUCUACUGCUGUGCAGCUCUCAUGACAAAGGUUGCAGGUCCUACAUCUGUGAUACCAGUUACCGUCAUUCCAAUUGCCUCGACAGGUUUAAGAAACUGCACUCUGAAUCACCAAACGACCCUUCUCCCGAGGCAAACUUGUCUUCAAGGGAAUACAACAAUGAAUCCCAAUACGAACAUGGCACAGCCAGUCGAAGCAGUUUUCACCGAGGCUCUGCGGGGGAUUCUGAAUCUCUGAGGAGGAGAAGAAGAGUGGAGGAGGAAGAAGAACCGUCUGAAGAUAUCUCAAAUUUGAAAUGUCCUCUAUGCCGGGGUACUGUUUUAGGAUGGAAGGUUGUAGAAGAAGUAAGAACGUAUCUUGAUCUCAAGAACCGAAGUUGCUCUCGAGAGUCUUGCUCAUUUACUGGCAUCUACCAAGAUCUCCGCCGCCAUGCCAGAAGGAUACACCCAACAACUCGUCCUUCAGACACUGAUCCAUCAAGAGAGAGAGCUUGGAGGCGGCUUGAGAACCAGAGGGAGUAUGGAGAUAUAGUCAGUGCAAUACGUUCUGCCAUGCCUGGUGCUGUUGUAGUAGGAGAUUAUGUUAUAGAAAACGGAGAUAGGUUCCCGGGUGAGAGGGAAGCAGCAGGAAAUGGUGGGAGCGACCUGUGGACCACAUUGGUAUUGUUUCAGAUGAUUGGGUCUCUUGACAAUGGAGGUUCUAGUGGUGGUGGUAGUGGCAGUGGCGGUGGGUCAAGAUCUCACAGGUCAAGAGCAUGGAGGAAUCAUCGCCGUUCUUCAGAUAGACGGUACCUUUGGGGAGAGAAUCUAUUGGGUCUACAAGAUGAACAUAAUAACAAUGAUGAUGAAGAGUUGCGUUUGCAGAACGAUGGAGGCGAUGCUUCUACUCAUGUUCCAAGAAGAAGACGAAGAUUUGGACGUCCUAGAUCAAGUGGAAAUCAUCCGCGAUAAGCUUUGGUGCUAUGAUAUCUCUCGGGUCAGAACCAGGCUGAUGCAAAGGGAAAAGGUUUUGCUGAAAACCCGAGAGCCUUAGGAUUGUUUGGUAUUUAUGUAAAUGUCAUUUUGAGCCUUGUUAAGUCGCUCAUUGUAUACUAAGUAAUGGUUUCUAUGCAAUUUCUUUUGUUUCA